AUGUCCAAAAAGAGAAAGAUAGAUCAGGUCCAAGAUGACUCGGGCAUUACUCAAGAACCGGUGGACCAAAAAUCCCAGACAGCGACUCCGAACCCCCCUGCAAAGUCGAAAGGACAGUUGAAACAAGAGAAAUCAGAGAGGAGAGCAAAGAAGCAGAGAAAGUCGAGGGAGCGAGAGAAGGGACAAGAACCGUCUGCGGGUGUGGACACGGUCCUUCCUGUACCCAAGCCAACGUCGACAGAGACAGAGCCAAGUCCAGGCGAUGCGAAGAAAAAAGAGAAAGUCGCAAAGACACGCAAGGAAAGGCGAGGCUCAACAACUCCAGGGGAUGACGGCGAUACGAAAACGACGACUCCUACUCGGUUCAUUGUCUUCGUUGGCAACCUACCUUAUGAAACCACCUCGGAGCAAAUAAAGGAGCACUUCUCGAAGCUCUCACCGACCUCGGUGCGCCACUCGACGGACAAGAAAACGGGGAAGAGCAAGGGCUAUGCGUUUGUCGAAUUCGACAGCUACGACAAAAUGAAGACGUGUUUGAAGCUGUACCAUCACUCGAUGUUUGAUCCCGCCGGCAAGGACAAUGGGGCAGAUGACGAGAAAGAUUCUGGAGACCAGCGAUCGCAAAAACGAGAAAAGAAAAGCAAAGGACGAAGGAUCAAUGUCGAACUCACGGCGGGCGGUGGUGGGAAGAGCAAAGACCGGCAGGCCAAGAUCAAGACAAAAAAUGAGAAGCUCAAGGAGGAGAGGGAGAGAAGAAGACUCAAGGAGAAAGCUGAGCGCGAAAAGGCUGGACCAAAGACAAAAGGGCCGCCGGAGACUGGUGCAAAUGCCACCGCUGUGGCGGGCACUGAGGUCAAGGAUAGCCGUGGAGACAUCCAUCCCAGUCGACUGUCUCGUGUGGCGCAUUGA